AUGAAAGCUCGAUGGCGCAAGUGGUUAGCGCGUUCGGCUGCGAUAGUUGAAGUUAAGCAACUUUUGCAGUGGUCGGUCAUUGGAUGGGUGACCAAAAAUUUACUAUCUCGACUUCGUCUGUGCUUCGGAAGGCACGUUAAGCCGUUGGCUCCGGCUGUAUCUGCAGUCGUUAGCACCCACCAAUCCACACUGGGCCAGCGUGGUGGGUCACGGCCCAAUCUCCCUAUUCCAUCCAUAGGGAAGGCCUCUGCGUCAUGGUGUGAAGGAGCUCGAGAUGCGUCGUGUCCCAGGAUCUGUGGGCCGGCACUACAAGGGGAGCCUGUGUGUGCUACUGACGGCUACAUCUACCCAUCACUUUGCGAGAUGAGAAAAAAAACUUGUGGAAAAGGUGUUCGGUUGGCACCUGACCAAGGUUCCUGCUCAAGAGCCCAAGGCUCCAAGUGUGAGCACCGUUGCACCUCCGAGAGGGAUCCCGUCUGCGGAACCAAUGGCAGAACUUACCUGAACAGAUGUAUGUUACAGGUUGAAAUUUGCAGGGUCGGCAUCGGCUUGUCCCACUUGGGCGCGUGCAACAACAUCAGCGCGCACAGAGAAAACUGCCCCGUCGAUUGUUCGCAAGCUCCGCUCGACGGUCCCAUAUGUGGGUCCGACGGCAACGUCUAUAAAAGCACGUGCCAGAUGAAGCUGCUUACUUGCGGACAAGGAGUGGUGCGUACAAACAAGAAGCAUUGCCAAACAACGCGUCACUGCCGCGAAUCUUGCUGGAGGGUAGCUAGACCCACUUGCGGCUCCGAUGGGAAGCUGUACGCAAACGCUUGCAGAAUGAAGGCUACUAACUGCGGAAAACACGUCUUCGAGGUGCCCAUGGCGUUCUGCGUAUCCCAAGAGAGAACUUCUGGUGGCGAAUCUUGUGCUACUGACUGCUCCGGACAAAAGGAAAAAUUGGUCUGCGGUUCUGAUGAAAAUAUUUACAGAAACGAAUGCGAAAUGAAGAUGCUGAAUUGUGGCGUCAGCAACAGAAAAAUUGUCAAGAAGGUGGAUAUGGAUAAAUGCAAAUCGAAGAUGAACAAGUGCCUCCGAGUGAAAUGCUCCACAGAUUAUGACCCCGUGUGCGGCACUGACGCCAAUGUCUACAACAACCCUUGCCAUUUGAAGGUGGCGACUUGCCUGAAAGGAGUUCAACUCGCGCAUUUCGGUAACUGCACGGUGUUGCCGCGUCUGGAGAUCGACUGCGCCGAUAACUGUGACAACGCCAUCGAAAAACCUGUAUGCGGAUCGGACGGCAACGUAUACAAGUCAGAAUGUGAGCUGCGUCGUUUAACAUGCGGUCAACACGUUGUACCAGUAGCCGCAUCCCACUGCCGCACAACUGCGCUCUGCCAUGAGCCCUGCCCCGACACACCCGCGUUCGUGUGUGGCUCCGACAACAAGUUCUACAAGAACGAGUGCAUCAUGAAAAAGGAAAACUGCGGUAAACACGUAUAUGUCGUUCCACUGAAACGGUGUCUGUCACGGUUCCAAUAUUCGGGCUGCGCGCGCGUGUGCCCUCCCGAGUACGACCCUGUGUGCGGAACCGACGAGAAGACUUACUCCAACAAAUGCUUCUUGGAGAUGGAAAACUGCCGAUCUAGGAGUCUCGUCCAGCUGAAAUAUUUGGGCACCUGUUCCGAACCUAUUGCGGAGGAGCCUAAGAACUACCUUUACCGAUAA